UGUGGUCGAGAAAUUUUGCAUUCUGUUAUCGCCCAAUUGUAAUACUUGGAUUGGGUUUUGUCUCAUUGUAUUUCUUCAUUGGUGGGGAAGUUUCCUCCGAUUAUGCGCUGAGUGGCUUUCCUCUCUCUUUUUUUCUCUUGGGCGGCGAAUGAAACGCUUUCUGUUCGGUUGUCUACCAAUUAUACACAUCUUACAGCAGCUGGUUCAUUUUCAACUGAGCAGAAGCCGGUCGUAUCCUUUGGAAGCAUAUCUUUCUUUCGCAAAAUUCAUACGUUACUUCACCAGUUCUUGCAUUCUAUUUCCCAUCACUGCCAUUACCUUGCGUUCCCUUGGAGUCUACAAUCCUCUUCUUUUCCCCAUCAUUCUCCUCCUGAUCCACCUCCUCCAACCCCCAAUCGUCCCCAGUCGCAUCACACAAUCUAUUUCCCCUCCCCUGCUAACGCGCCACAAACACCUUGAUUGCCUCAACUAUACCAUUUGUCCCCGCCUUGUUCUUCUCCACCUGACCUCGGAGGUGUUGGUGCUCGUCCAGGAGCAUUUUGAAGAUAUUCGGCUGGUAGGUUUUGAUGGUUUUGAGGAGGGUGUGGACCCGCACUCAGGAGGGGCUGUCGUGGAUAUGGUGGCCAUGGAGAUCUAGUUGGGAAGUGUGGUUGAGGGUGGACUUAGGUUUAGAUUUAUGGGCUCGUUGUCUUUACUAAGUGAGAUGUGUUGUUCUGAUGUUCGAAUCCGAAGACGUGGUAUUGUUUUCAUGUCAUUAUCCUG